GACAGAGUAAUGCAGCUCUUCAUGAGAGAGGAAAGACAACUUUCCAGCUUUCCAACUUCCAUCACAAUGACGACUAUAACAACAACUAGCAAGCCUAAUGAUCUGGUCGCAACUUCGAGACCGACAGACUUGCAUUGCUCCUUCAAUUACUACUCGGCUCCUACCCGACCGAAACUUGAUGACUUGACCAUCAUAGCUGGUGCUUCAGCAGAUCUAUCUUCCUAUACUCUCCCAGUGACCGAUUUACGCAGUCUAUCCGCACCCAUUUCAGGUUAUAACCAUGAAGCAAAUGGGUUCCAGGUCCUCCACCAGGAGCUCCCGAUCGACAGCUCACAUGAAUCGGUUCACGACAACAAAGUCAUGACCACGCAAUACUACCCAGCAAUUAAAUCUUUGCUGAAGAAAGAACUCGGCCUUCGAUCAGUAGCCGUGAUCAACAAGACACUACGGGACGUCGCAUCUAUUGACAUGUCUACUCUAGACCUGAAGAAUCCACGUCAACUGACGAGCACCCCGCCGUUCUUCAUUUCCCACUCAGAUUACACUGCUGCUGGCGCGAGAGCCCAUUUCCGUGCAAUCACUUCUGACUGGUCAGAAGAAAACCAGACCGAGGAAGAAAGAGCAGAGUUUUUGCGCCUUCGAGACGAAAUCAUUGCCGCCGAGGACGUCGCUAUAGCAAAAGCAGGUCUCGGCGCCGGAAAUGGUGACAUGGUGGCUGGUAAAGGAGGACACUGGGACUGGGAUGGAACGGGAUACGAUGGUCCUCGCUAUGGGAUCUUUAGUGUCUGGAGGCCGUGGGAGACUGUAAAGCGUGAUCCGCUGGCUCUCAUGGGUGCAGCAGAAUCUGAUCUUGACUACGCUGUUCUGCCGCGGAGUUAUAAGAAUCGACCCGGGCAUGUCAAAAGCUAUUACAGCGAAAACCCGAUCGUGCGCCAUCCAGGUGCACGGGAAGAGGCAAAGCACAAGUGGUGCUAUCUGAGUGAGCAGAAGCCUGAGGAGGUGUAUGCCAUCAAGCUCUAUGAUAGUGAGGCUUUGAGAAGGAAGGAUGAGAGUGUGCGGCUCAUGUGUCCCCACAGUGCCUUCCGUAUAGAUGGUACAGAGGAUGCUCCGCCACGUAGAAGUUGUGAAUUGCGUGUGUGGUGCAUUUGGUGAUUGGAGGGGCAUGUUCUGUCUGUUGCUCUCACAAUCUGUGUCCUGUCAUUUUCGCGAGUUACAUUCUUUGAAAUAAAAG